AUGCGGAACCUGCGCAACAUCGGGCACGGCGUCUUUCGGGUCCCGGAUUCAUCCUCGGCAACUGCCCUUCCCAUUUCAGCAUCUUGCUGGGAUGUUUCUCGGGAUGAGGUGAUUGCCGCAUGCGGGCCGACCCCCGGGGAUGCCCGUAUCGAGCUACUCCGUAUUGCGAAAAAUGCCCAUCACAUAUCACCAGCACAACUGCAGUCACAGAGCAUCGCAUCAUGGGAUGCCUUGAGCCCAAACGAAAAUGGCGAGCCAGAUGCCAUCGUGGGCAUGCACUACUUUAGUGACACUUUGACAACAUGUGUCAUUAUGGCCGGUGGUGACAUGAUCACGGUUACUGAAGACGAAGAAGGCGUCGCUAUUCCCGGCGAGGCCCACGUCGAAAUUGUAGGCACUCUUUUGCCCUCUAUCGCGGGGGCCCGCUGGUCUCCAGAUGAGGAGUUGCUAGUCGUUGCUACCGGGGAUGCCAAGGUGGUGUUCAUGAGCCGGAGCUGGCACGUCAUUACCGAAGUCGGGCUCUCCGUCGACGACUUGAAGCUCUCCAAGCACGUCUCCGUGGGAUGGGGCAAGAAGGAGACACAGUUCCAGGGGAGAGGUGCCAAGGCCAAGGCACUUCGGGACCCUACCAUUCCUGAGAAGGUGGAUGAGGGCACGUUGAGCCAGAAUGACGACGGCCGUUGCAGCAUCAGCUGGCGGGGCGACGGUGCCUAUGUCGCUAUCAACUUCCUCCAAGAAGGCGUGCGUCGUGUCAUCCGCGUCUACAACCGCGACGGUGAGUUAGACAGUGUCAGCGAGCCGGUCGAUGGCCUUGACGGGAGUCUGAGCUGGCGGCCCGAGGGCAACCUGAUCGCCGGUAUCCAACGCCUCCCUGACCGCGUGGAUGUGGCCUUCUUUGAGAGAAACGGGCUGCGACAUGGUCAAUUUACCCUCCGCGCCCCUGCGGAUAGCCCUGCCGUACUCGACAAUGUGGCCCUGGAAUGGAACUCCGACUCAACGGUCCUUGCUGUGAUAUUGAAAGACCGAAUCCAGUUGUGGACCAUGGGAAACUACCAUUGGUAUCUGAAACAGGAAGUACUCUGCUUGGACAGCAUUGGUGCCAAAGGCCAGAGGCCCCUUUUCUCGUGGAAUGUCGAGACACCCCUUCGGUUCGCAGCAGCGGUCGCGAGCAAGGUGCUUGUGAAUGAAUACGCCCUCACGGUAUAUCGAGGGCCGACAACAGCUCCGCACGACCACGGGGCCGUGGCGGUUGUCGAUGGGCAAAUCAUCAAGUUCACGCCUUUCCGAACAUGUAACCCCCCACCUCCUAUGUCUAUGUGCGAGCUUGAAGUCGAGUCCCCGAUCAUAGAUGUGGCUUUUUCGACCGAUUGCUCCUCAAUGGCUGUUCUUCACCGAGUUGGCAUCAGCUUCUUUACUCUCGAGGCGAAAGGCCCCCGCCUUUCCAACCCGAAACUCUUGAGCAUGGCGCCAUUUGGGAAUACAGAGUCUCAAUCCUAUGACGAAUCGUUACUUCAAGUCGGCUUUUCUAGCCCGAGGGAGCUUCAUGUCCUUCGCAUGACAGACGACCUCGAGUUGUUGCGAUGCGAUUUUGGCUCCCAGGAGGCCAAGUCAUGGUUCAAGGCGGAUGCAAGCUCCAUCGUGACGAUAGCAUCACCCGGCUCUGCCUCGAUAGAAGGACUCGACGUUCCGGCGGACGACCCCGAGAAGGACGAACGGUGCAGGAGCAUUGAGCGAGGCGGGCGGCUGGUCACUGCCAUUCCCACCAAGAUGGCGUUGGUCCUGCAGAUGCCGCGAGGCAACUUGGAGACCAUCUAUCCGCGUGCCAUGGUGUUGGCUGGCAUUAGAAAGCUGGUGGAACAAAAGGACUACGGCUCUGCAUUCGCAACAUGCCGGACUCAGCGUGUGGAUAUGAACAUCCUGUUCGACCACCGCCCGGAGCAGUUCUUGGAUAACGUGGGCCUGUUCCUCGACCAGGUGAAAGACCCAGCCAACAUCGACUUGUUCCUGUCCUCGCUGAAGGAGGAAGACGUUACCCAGACAAUGUACAGGGACACCAAGACUGCCGGCUCGCAGCCGCCCGACCCCAAGGCUGCUGUCAAGCCAGGAAAGACCAACAUCGUUUGCGAAGCCGUCCUGCAGAGGCUCCGAGCGCAAAGGAAGGCCAACCUCCAAAACAUCAUCACGGCCCAUGUCUGCAAGAGCCCACCCGCGCUUGACGAUGGUUUGCUUGUGGUUGCUGAGCUGAUGCAGGAGGACAGCGCCUUGGCGGAGCGCGCUGUCGAACACAUCUGCUUCCUAGCCGACGUCAAUCAGCUUUAUGACCAUGCUCUGGGGCUGUACAACCUGGAUCUCACCAUCCUGGUGGCCCAGCAAUCCCAGCGAGACCCUCGCGAGUAUCUGCCGUUCGUGCAGGAACUCCACAAGAUGCCAGUGCUGAAGAGGCAGUUCACCAUCGAUGACAAGCUCGAACAUUGGGAAAAGGCUCUGGACCACCUUAAAGCUCUCAACGACUUCGAACAAGUCAAGAGCUAUAUUGUCGAGCAUACCCUCUACCAGCAUGCUCUCGCAAUCUACCGCCACGAGGAGCAGCACCACCGCGCCAUCACCGAUCUCUUCGCUGCGUAUCUUAAAUCCACCUCCCACUUUAAAGAAGCGGGUCUCGCGUACGAAUCUCUCGACAACUUCGCCGACGCAACAGACUGCUAUCUCAAAGCGGGGGCCACCUGCUGGCGUGAAUGCCUCUACGCAGCGCAACAACAGAACCCGCCACUCGCGCCCGCCAAACUCUCCGAAAUCGCCACCUCCCUUGCGGACGCCCUCCGCGAAGCCAAAGACCACGCCUCGGCAGCCACAAUCCAUCUCGACUACCUCGCCUCCGUCCCCUCCGCGAUCCAACACCUCUGCAAGGGCUACCUCUUCGCCGACGCCCUGCGGCUCGCGGCCCUCCACAACCGGACCGACCUUCUCCCCACGGCCAUCGACACGGGCCUCGCCGAAGCGCUCUCCUCCUCCACCGAAUUCCUCGCCGACUGCAAAGCUCAGCUCCUCGCCCAAGUCCCCCGCAUCGCCGAGCUCCGCCUCAAAGCCCGCGAGGACCCCCUCGCCUUCUACGAGGGCGAAAACCCCUUCGGCGGACGCACCGCCGGCGCCGGCGCCGACAUCCCCGACGACAUCUCGGUCGCCGCCUCCGGCGUCAGCACCUCGGCCAGCCUCUUCACGCGCUACACCAACAAGGGCGGCGCCGGCUCGGUGGGGACCGUCGGCACGGGGGUCUCGCGCGCCACGAGCAAGAACCGGCGGCGCGAGGAGAAGAAGCGCGCUCGCGGACGCAAGGGCACCGUCUACGAGGAGGAAUACCUCGUCAACUCGGUGCGGCGGCUGGUGGAGCGUGUGGAGGCGGCUACGGCCGAGGUCGAGAGGCUUGUUUGGGGCCUUGCGAGGCGGGGGAUGGCGGAGCGGGCGCGGGCGGUGGAGGAGUUGAUGGCGGGGGUGUUGGAGGCGUGUCGGAAGGCGGUGGGGGAGGUUUGGCCGGCUGAUGAUACUGUUGGUGGUGGCGGUGGUGGUGUUGGGGAGGGGGGUGUGGAGCCGACAAGGGAUCCGGGCUGCGGAGGGGUAUCGGCCGGGUGGGGGGGAUGGGGUGCUGUUUGA